CUUGCCCCAUGGGACCAUAGACAGAGCUAACCGCGAGCAGAUCCCAACAUCGACGUUCUUAUCCUGGCGUUUGUGAUGCGGGUGAACGGGGCGGGCGGGGUGCCCGAGUAUGACUUCGCCGACACCAGCAAGGCUUAUCGGCAACGACAUCACGACGUGCCAGCAGAAAGGCAAGACGGUGAUCCUCUCCAUCGGCGGGGCGACGUACAGCGAAGGCGGGUUUGCGUCGGACGCGGCGGCGCAGGCCGCCGCCGACCUGGUGUGGCAGACGUUCGGCCCGCCCCCUUUAUCAUCUGUAUCUCCAUCCAAAACGCAACCGCUCCGCCCCUUCGGCAACGCCUCGGUCGACGGCUUCGACUUCGACUUCGAGGCGACGGUCACCAAGAUGGCGCCGUUCGCCAACCGCCUGCGCGCGCUCGCCGACGCCGACCCCACCAAGCCGUACUUCCUGACCGCGGCGCCGCAGUGCCCGUACCCCGACCUGGCCGACCAGGAGAUCCUCAACGGGCCCGUCGCCAUCGACGCCGUCUGGGUGCAGUUCUACAACAACCCCUGCGGCCUGGCCGCCUUCCAGCCGGGCCAGGCCUCCCAGCCCGCCUUCAACUUCGCCCAGUGGGACACCUGGGCCCGCACCGUCUCGCAGAACAAGAACGUCAGGGUCCUCGUUGGCGCGCCCGCCAACACCGCCGCCGCCGGCUCCGGCUACGUCCCCAUCGCGCAGCUGCAGCAGGUCAUCCAGUACACGAAGUCCUUCAAGUCGUUCGGCGGCGUCAUGCUGUGGGACGUCACCCAGGCGUAUGCCAAUCCCGGGUACUUGAGUGGCAUCCGCUCCGCGUUGACGCAGACCAUGUCGAGGGUUUAUCAUAGGUUUCGGUAUCCGGUAAGUGGGUUGGUGUAGUAGUAGCAGUGGUGGUGGUGGUGGUGGUGAUUUCCCCCAUACUUGGGGAGUUUCGUAUUUUAUAUACCGUUCAUGUACAUCCUCGUGAGGGCUCUAUAUACCAGAUGACUAUUUAGCUUGGAUUUGAUGUUGAGACUAAC